AAACAAUAACCAUGACAUCUUUCACUUACGCUAAACUUUGCUUCCUCCCUUAUUGCCUUGUCAUCUUCUUGUUUGUUUCAUCACCAAAUUGGGUUGCUUUUCCUUCUGCUACUUCUACUUCUCAUACUGAGGCAGAGGCUCUUCUCAAAUGGAAAGCCAGCUUCUUUCCAAAUCAAGCCCUCAAUAACCUCACCUGGUACGACCUUCCCACUCAUAAUAUUAAUGCCACCAAUUCUUCCAGCACCAAUCCAAAACCAAGAACAAGCCCAUGCACUUGGACUGGUGUUUCAUGCAACUCAGCUAGAAGUGUCAACAAGAUAGAGCUUGUCAAUAGGGGUUUACAAGGUACGCUACAUGAGUUUUCAUUCUUGUCCUUCCCUAAUCUUGAAUAUCUUAACCUCAGUCUGAACAAACUCUUUGAUGCCAUCCCACCUCAAAUCAGUAACCUCUCCAAACUCCACUAUCUUGAUCUCUCUUGGAAUAACUUUUCUGGGAGAAUUCCACCAGAAAUUGGUCUCUUAAGAAAUCUUACCUAUCUUUAUCUCUAUGAUAAUAAACUUUCUGGUUUGAUUCCCAAGGAGAUAGGGAACUUGAAAUCUCUUGUAUAUCUAGCAUUGUCCUCCAACAAUUUAAGUGGUCUCAUCCCUCCAAAUAUUGGUAACUUAAUAAACCUAAACACUUUGUACUUGUAUUCCAAUCAACUUUCUGGUUUGAUUCCCAAGGAGAUAGGGAACUUGAAAUCUCUUGUAAAUCUAUCGUUGUCCUACAAUAAUUUAACUGGUGUCAUCCCUCCAAAUAUUGGUAACUUAAUAAACCUAAACACUUUGCACUUGUAUUCCAAUCAACUUUCUGGUUUGAUUCCCAAGGAGAUAGGGAACUUGAAAUCUCUAAACACUUUGCACUUGUAUUCCAAUCAACUUUCUGGUUUGAUUCCCAAGGAGAUAGGGAACUUGAAAUCUCUUAUAAAACUAAAUUUGGGUAAGAAUCAACUCAAUGGUUCACUUCCCGUUUCAAUCGGUGAGUUGCGCAACUUGGAAAACUUCCACCUAGCUGAUAACCAACUUUCCGGCCCUAUACCCCAAGAGAUAGAGAAUCUCAAGAAGUUGACUAAUUUGCAGUUGAGUAUAAACCAAUUUUCUGGUUAUUUGCCCCACAAUAUUUGCCAAGGCGGAAAACUCACAAACUUUACAGUAUUCAGAAACCAUUUGACUGGUCCAAUCCCCAAAAGCUUGAAAAACUGCACGAGCUUAUUCAGACUUCGUCUUGACCAGAACCAAUUCACAGGCAAUAUAUCUGAAGACUUUGGCAUUUAUCCGAAUCUUCAUUUUAUGGAUGUAAGCCAUAACAACUUUUAUGGAGAGAUCUCACACAAUUGGCAAAAAAGCCCAAAGUUGACAACCCUACGACUUGCGGGAAACAACCUAACUGGGAGCAUCCCACCUGAGAUAGGCAAUGCAACCCAAAUUCAAGAGCUAGAUCUCUCUUCAAAUCAUUUAGUUGGGUUGAUUCCAAUGGGAUUUGGAAGACUGACUUUUUUGGAGAGGUUGAUGUUGAAUGGAAAUCAACUUUUAGGUCGUAUACCCUCUGAAUUCGGAUCAUUGACUGAUCUUGAUUAUCUUGACUUGUCAACAAAUAAAUUCAGUGACUCAAUUCCCAGCAUUCUAGGUGACUUGCUCAAAUUAUACCAUCUGAAUUUGAGCAACAACAAGUUAUCUCAAGCAAUUCCACUUCAGUUGGGGAAGUUAGUUCAAUUGAACGAGCUGGAUUUAAGUCAUAACUCUCUUGAAGGUAGCAUACCAUCAGCAAUAAGCAAUAUGGAGAGUUUGAUGAUUCUCAAUCUUUCCCACAACAAUCUUUCGGGUUCCAUACCAUCAAGUUUCGAAGAGAUGCAUGGCUUGUCGUACGUUGACAUAUCCUACAAUCACUUGGAAGGUCCCCUUCCCAACAUCAAGGCAUUUCAAGAAGCUCCGCCAGAAAGAUUGGAAGGGAACAAAGGAUUGUGUGGCAAAGUUGGAGCUCUGCUACCACCCUGCAAUGCACAUGGCUCAAAAAAGGACCACAAGGUCAUAUCUGUUCUAGCAGUAUUUGUACUUCUAUCUGCUCUCUUUAUAAUUGUCUUUGUAAUAAUGCAAAGAAGGAAGAAGCAUCAAGAUACUAAACAAAACCACAUGCAUGGAGAAAUUUCCUUUUCGGUUUUAAAUUUUGAUGGAAAAUCAAUGUAUGAGGAAAUCAUAAGGGCAACAGAAGAUUUUGAUUCCAUAUACUGCAUUGGGAAUGGAGGACAUGGAAGCGUCUACAAGGUGAAUUUUUCAUCUGGAGAUGUAGUGGCCGUGAAGAAACUCCAUAUGCUAUGGGAUGGCGAGACAAAAUUUCAGAAGGAGUUCUUGAAUGAAGUAAGGGCACUCAGUGAGAUAAGACAUCGGAAUAUUGUGAAGCUCUAUGGUUUCUGCGCACAUAAACGACACUCGUUUUUGGUGUAUGAGUAUCUAGAAAGAGGUAGCUUGGCCGCAAUGUUGAGCAAAAAUGAAGAAGCUAAAGAGUUGGGGUGGAGUAAAAGAGUGAAUAUUGUUAAAGGCUUAGCUCAUGCCUUGUCUUACAUGCACCACGAUUGCCUGCCACCGAUUGUACAUCGUGACAUCUCAAGCAAGAACAUUUUGUUGGAUUCUGAAUAUGAGGCGUGUGUUUCAGACUUUGGCACAGCUAAGUUUUUAAAUCCAGACUCAACUAAUUGGACUGCCGCUGCAGGCACGUAUGGCUACAUGGCACCAGAGCUUGCUUACACAAUGGAAGUGAAUGAGAACUGCGAUGUUUAUAGCUUUGGUGUGGUCACAUUGGAAAUAAUUAUGGGAAAGCAUCCUGGAGAUCUUUUCUCGUCUUUCUUAUCAAUCUCUUCAUCCUCCUCCUCCUCAUCAUCAUCUGCAUUAGCAGCCCAUCAAAUACCAAUUGUGGAUGUUUUGGACCAACGCAUUUCCCCUCCGACGCAUCAAGUUGCAAAUGAAGUGGUCUCUCUUGUGAAGAUAGCAUUUUCAUGCUUGAAUUCCAGCCCGAAAUCUCGUCCAAUAAUGAAACAAGUUUCUCAUUUCCUCUCAAAUUCGAUGCUGCAUUUGUCGAAGCCGAUACAUAUGAUGACAUGUGGUGAAUUGCUUGCUCUUGAUCCUUUGGUUACCUGAUCAAAACGUGCUUCUUUGCUACUCACAUUUCACUUUCUCUGUGUCUUCUUUUCAGAAGAAAGAUUCUCCAUAGAUGUUUCCUUCUUGUAAUUUAUUUCAUGCACAUGUGUGCUAUGGUAUGACUUUAUCCAGGAUGCUUUACAGUUUUUUUAUCUUUAAAAUACUUAAUGGAAAAUUUUCCUUACAGUUUGUUUAUCCUUGUGAGGAAAAAAAAAUUAAAUAAAACAAGCGUUUUGUUGAGUAAUUUUGUAUACUCUGUGUAAACCGUCCCAAAAUCAAUAAUAAACAAUUAAACUGUGAAAAUUAAAGGGAGUUUCACUAUUAUACUCAAAAUAGGGGCUGAAAUUAUUUUUUUUUAAACCCACAUGGAAUGUACUUUAGAAAUACAUCCAAAACCAAUUUACUACAUAAGAAAUGUGUGUUGAAGUUCCUAUAAAUUAC